CAACAUUAAUCAUGGACGUCGUUGCUUGAGGUAUCGGCGUUUUGUUGAAAAAUAUAGCAAAAAUGUGUAAUUAAUUUGUAAAUCGAGUGUUUUUUAACGUUGUUGUAUAACAGAAAAUGGUAACGAUUGUUGACGAUUUAGAUUCUUUAACUUUGCAAGAGCCAAUUUUCAAGGAUGUCAAAUAUUAUGUUUCUGGCGAUGUCUCGGAAAGGAUUAUGCUGUUACUUCAGUCCGGUGGAGCGGAGAGUACAAAAUAUUUCUCAGACUAUGUCACACAUCUAAUUUGUGGGCAAAAUGCUGAGGACACCGACGUCGAUGAAGCCCAGGACAUUUACCAGAUCCCUGCAGUGACGGAGCACUGGGUCCUAGCGUGCGCGCGCCUCAAGAAGUUGGCCGACCCGAAGCCCUACAAUCCUCAUAAGAAUAAGAUAUUUAAUAACAUUGUAUGUUGUAUAUCUAAAGUGAGUGUUGCUGACGCUAAAACCUUGUUCGCUGUUAUCACAUAUCAUGGUGGAAAAGUAAAGUUGAACUUGGACUCUCAGUGUACUCACCUGAUUUGUGGAUCUGCUGCGGGAAAGAGAUACAGUGCCGCGCUCACACUCCCUCCCUCAAGGAUAAAGAUUGUGACUCCUGACUGGGUGCUAGAGAGUAUUAGGGCUAGAAUACAAGCGGUGACUGAUAUAUUUCACCCAAAACUGUUAGUUGUCCCUCAGCCUCCCCCGAAAGCGAUGGACCGUAUUAGUGCAAUCACAGGGUUCGAUUUUGAGGAAGGUAUUGCUAAAAACGAGGUGCCCACACAAAAUAUGGCAGAGAACAAGGAUGAUAGUACCCAGGCUUUGUUGGACAAACUGAAACAAAGGAUGCCUUGGAACCAUCCCCCAGCCAGCUCUAGUGUGUCAGUGGCUUCUAGUACACCUAUCAGUUCGAUGGGUUAUACUUCAACUUCCAUGUCCACACCUGGUAUUAUGAGCAAAUCCAUACCGCAAGGCAUAGUGACACAAAAUUUACAAAUACAGGGCAGUCAGCCGAACUCGCCACUACUACAGAAGUUUGGACAACAGAACACAAUAGUGUCGCAAGCAGGAAUGAUGCAGAGUCAACAAAUGAGUAUGCAGCAACAACAACAGCAGCAACAACAACAACAACAACAGCAGCAACAGCAACAACAACAACAACAGUCAUACCAGGGGCAACAGCAACAACAACAACCACAUGGCCUGACAGCAAUACAGAUACAGCAACAGAAAAUGUUGCAACAGCACCAGCUGAAGAUGCAAAUGUUGCAGCAGAACAAACUCAACAACCAGCAGGGCCAGCAAGGGUUCCAGCCCAAUGUCUCGGUGUCCCAAAUGUCUCAGAACCUUCAGGGUCAAUUACAGCAACACAUACAGGGUAACCAACACCAUUUGCAACAGAACAUAAACCAGCCUCCAACAACAAUGAGCUCAGCUCAGCAGCAUAUUGAGAAUAUUAGCCAGAUGUUGAGUCAGAGUGCUAAUAACCUGCAGCAACAGCAGAACAUGGCCAUGAAACAAAGCCUGAGCCUCAGCCAGCAGAGUGCUUCGCAAGCUGUCCAGAAUAUUGCCCAACAACUUGCACAAUCCACUCAGAAUCUUCAAAAUGCAAAGAUGAAUCAAAAUCUUUCACAAGGACAGCUGAUUAACCAGCAACUGAUAUCAUCCGGGCAACAGAUGUCACAGCAAAACCAAGGAUUAAUUCAGCAACAAAAUGUACAGACUAUAAAUAAUCAACAACAGAAUAUUAAUAUGGGUGUCCAGGGCCUAGUGACGUCAUCACAGGGUCAGACAGGACAGGGUGUGCAACUCAACCAGUUGGUGAACUCCAACCAACAAACAGUACUGAGCCAGCAGAUACAAUCUGUGCAGCAAACUAUACAGACUCAACAGAAUGCUAAUGUACCUGUGCAGGGUGCUUGGAGACAACAGAACUUACAAAUGGUGCAGAAUGUACAAGGCCAGCACCAAAUUAUAAGGAACCCAUUAGUUCAGUCUCGGACACCGCAGAACCAAGUUAUUCUGCAACAGCAAAUCAUGCAGACUCAACAGCAGGCCUUAAUAAAUAACCAACAACCUCAAUUGAGUCCACAGCAUACUAUACAACAAAAUCCUCAGCAAAUUCUCCAACAAUCUAUAGGAGGUCAAGGUCAACAGUUAAACCAGACACAUCACCAGAUCCUGUUCCAAAAGCAGCAACUUCUAAGCAGUUCUGGUCAGCAGCAGAUAGUGCAAGCUCCUCAACAAGUGCUGAUAAACCAGCACACAGGACAGCAACAGAUUCUAGUACAUGGAAACCAGCAGGUCACAUUGCAAGGAGGUCAGCAAAUUGUGUCACAAAGCCAGAUUGUUCACCAAGGAGGUCAGAUUGUGAACCAGGGUGGACAACAGAUUAUAACACAGGGUACGCAGCAGGUUUUGACGCAAGGAGGACAGCAUGUGAUUACCCAGCAGGGACAACAGCAACAUGUGGUGAUUGCGCAGUCGUCGCAGCAAAUCGUGACACAGUCUGGUCAGCAGAUACUUGGUCAAGCAGUGGGGCAGACUCAGCAGGUGUUGACACAGAUGCCGCAGUCUCCUCAGGCGGGUGGUGGGGGAAGUAUACAGCAGAUUAUCACGCACGGCGGGGCGCAGCAGAUAGUGUCGCCGGGCGGGCAGCAGAUAGUGCAGGGGGGGCAGAACGUGUCGUGGCAACAACAACAGUACUUGCAGCAGAGGCAGCAGAUAGCACAGCCUGGUACUGUGGGACCUAGGGUAUCAUGGACGGCGGGCGGCGGUGGGCGUCAACUGAUCCACCUGGACGCUCAGACUCACGCCCAGCUGCAACAGAUGAAGCCGCAGGAGCGCGCCGUGUUUGUCGCGCAGCUACAGAAGCGGCGCCAGCUGUCGCUGCAGCGACAGGCCGCCAUAGCUCAGCAACAGCAGCCAGGCGUAGUGGCGGGUUCCCCCGGCGCCCCGGCCCCGGCGGGCGCGCAGAGCGUCACUUUCAUACGCAGCCAGAUCACACCGGGACUCGCUCAGCAACAAGUGCCGGUACAAUGGCUCCAGCAGCAGGGCGCCCGGGCCACCAUACCAACCGCUGCGCCUGCGCCGCCGCCGCAAUCUCCCGUUGGCUCAGCUGGUGUAGGUAGUCCGGUAGCAACGCCUGGCGCUGGGGCGGGGGCCGGAGUGGAGACACAGCUCCAGCAGCUCCAGCUGCAGCGCCAGCAGCACUACCAGCGGCUGCAGCAGCUGCAGGCGCAGCGGGACCAUGUCGCACACCAUGCCGCCGUCAAACAGGUAUCUCCAGGUGUUACUCAACACGUAGUAGCUGGCGCCCCCUUGGCGGACCAACCAGUAGACGCAGCACUAUUAACUCCCACCACUCCAGACCAACAACCAGGGAAUGCUCUCCUAGUUAAUCCGAAGACCAAGACAGCCCUGGCUAACAUGCUGAGUAUAAGGCUGCAAGGUGGCCCCGCUAGUGACCAUGAGCCUUCCGCAGCCGGCACGCUGCGCCUGCUGACGGCGGCGCAGGCCCGGCCCGCGCCCGCCGCGCCGCGCCUUCUGCUGCACCACGCCGCGCACCCCCACCACAAGGUAUACGCUCCCCCCGCCCGGCCCCCGCCUGCGCGUGCGCAAUUCUACGGACACAACCCCAACCUCAAACUACCGCCGGACCUGUUCUUACUAGGCUGUGUCUUCCAUAUUGUGGAGUACCAACAGUCGUGGGGCGCCGACCGCGUGGCCCGCUGGGGCGAGGCCAUCCAACGCCGCGGCGGGGAACUCGAGCCCGUCUACUGCGCACGGGUCACUCACGUACUCUGUGAGACACAGAAACAUGGAGUCGUUAUGCAGACGAUCUCCGGCCACCGUAAGCACGGGCCUGCGGACGGCGAGCAUGGGUGGCUCGCCGCCCGUCUAGAACCAGACCCGAGCGCUCUCCGCGACGCCAAGCGCUGCGUGACGGCGUACUGGCUGUCGGACGCCAUGUUGCGGCGCGGCGUGGUGCCGCCGUGGUUAGCGUUACACCUGCCGUCCAUGUACGCGGCACGCGACCGCCCCGCCAGGCACCAUCGCGCCGCCAUCUCUGGCUGGAGACACGAGGAGAGGGAUCGUGUCACGUUCUGUAUUGAACAUAUUGGGGCCAAGCUAACUCCAUACAUGACUCGAGACAAUACGGUACUGAUCUGCAAGCGUGCGGAGGGCAACAAGUACAGGCGAGCGAGGGAGUGGGGGAUACCGGUAGUUACUGCCGCCUGGCUUACUGAUCUACUACUCGGGAACAUGAGCGCGCUCUCACAGAUCGAGAACGCAAAGUACCAGCAGUUCAAUCUGACCAGCCCAUUCCGUAUGGAUUACAGCUUAGUGUCGCAUUUGAUGAAUGCUUGGAAAAUGCCAAUAAACAUAACGCAAGAAUCCCACGAGCGAGCGAAGCGGUCUGCAGCGGCGGCCUGCGUGGCGGCCGGAGGACGGAGGGCGAAGCGCCCUCGUCUCUCCUCCCCGCCACCCGCGCCGCCCACUCCCAGCGGGGCUCCGCCACAGCCCCCGCCCUUGCACUUGGCUCCAAGAGUCGCCUUCUCAGCACUAACGCCUAAUAUGCAACAUAAAUUAGCUGCUAUUGUCAGACAACUGGGCGGCCUCGUGGUGUCUUCUGCAGCGGAGGCCACACACCUCGUGAUGGAGAAGUUAGUGAGAACGUGCAAACUGAUCAGUAGCCUCGUCACUGUCAAACACUUACUCACGCCGGAGUGGAUCCUAGAGAGUCAGAGACUGAACAAGUUCGCAGACGAAGCGAAACACGGCCUUAGAGACGAGGCCUUCAACAAAAUGUUCAAGUGUGAUGUAUCAGAAGUAUUACUCUGCGGGGAAAUGAGGAAGAAACUCUUCGAAGGCGUCACCUUCUUCCUUACACCUUGCGUCAAACCGUCCCGCGGUGCUCUCACAGAAAUGAUAGAACUUUGCGGCGGGAAAGUCGAGAAAAAUCGCCGGUCAUACGUCUCCAUACAAGAAAUGCAUAAUCAGAAGAAAUACAGCUACUUAGUCCUUACAGUACCCAACGACCUACAUCUAGUUUACUAUCUCCUUCAAUCUGAAAAAACUCUAAACGUUGUCUGCAGUACUGAAGUAGUGCUAUCCGCCAUUAUGAGGCAGAAGUUAGAAGUUGAAGAGUUUCUCGUCAAAAUAGACUAAUGUUCCUCCUUUCAUCUAUCAGAUACAUUAUCAUAGUUAGGUAUUACAAAUUUUGUCGUUUUACAAUUUUAUAUGAACUAUUGACAAUAUUUGAAUAAAGUUUAUAUGAUACAGAGUUCCAUAAAUAUACGUUACGACUAUAGAUAAAUAUUCUCUAUUUCUGAUCUAUUAUUAUUUUGACUUUCGUCUUUAUCGAAACAUGAUGUUUUUAUGAACGAAUAAAGUCCUUAUUAUGUUUCUCUUUUAUUUUGGAAUCUCUGUAUUUUUUAUAAUUCGUUCUUGUUAAAAGUUUCAUUUUAAGUUCAAUUUAUAUACUUUGUUAAAGAAAUUUAAAAGAAUGCAUGUUGCGUUGUUUAAAUGUAAGCAGAAGUUUUCGAAAUAUUUUUGUCAGUUGUAAAUAGAUGCUUUAAAGGUCUGGACCAUGAUGUGUAUAAAUUAAAAAAGAGAACUUGAGAAGUUAUAUUAAACUAUGUUUUUAAUUAA